GGAGGUGGUGCUGGAGAAGCAGACUCUAGCAUCAUCGGCAAUGAAAAGUUCACCAUGCAGAACCUCAAUGACCGUCUGGCCUCCUACCUGGAAAAGGUUCGCUCACUAGAGAAAGCCAAUGCAGACCUCGAGCUCAAGAUACACCAGUUCCUAGACAGCAAGUCCUCCCCUACUGCACAGGACUACUCUGGUUCCUUGACUACAAUCAGUGAACUUCAAGCUAAGAUUCUGGAUGUCAUCCAGUUGAAGGGUACAGUCCACCUUAGCAUCGACAAUGCCAGUUUGGCUGCGGAUGACUUCAGGAUAAAGUAUGAGAAUGAGUUGGCCAUGCGUCAGUCUGUUGAGGCUGAUAUCGCUGGACUGAAGAGGUUGCUGGAUGAUUUAAACCUGACCAAGAAAGAUCUCACCCUGCAGAUUGAGGCCCUGACUGAGGAGCUGGUCUUCCUCAAGAAGAACCAUGAGGAGGAGCUGCUAGCAGCACGUAGCCAGAUGAGUGGGCAGAUUCAUGUUGAGGUUGAUGCUGCACCACAGCAAGAUCUCACCAGUGUCAUGGCAGAAAUCCGUGAGCACUAUGAAGCCGUUGCUGCCAAGAGCCAGAAGGAGCUUGAGGGCUGGUUCCAGAAAAAUUCUGAGAGCCUGAAGCAGGAAGUUGCUGCCAGCACUGAGACACUGGCUGUCUCCAAAACAGAAGUGAACAGCGUGAAGGGGACAUCACAGUCUUUGGAAAUUGAGCUCCAGUCUCUGUUGGCCAUGAAAGCCUCCCUUGAGGGAACACUCUCUGAGACUCAAGCCCGUUAUGCCAUGCAGUUAUCUGGAUACCAAGUGCAGGUGACAAGUAUGGAGGAGCAGCUGGUGCAGCUUCGUGCUGAUCUGGAGCGUCAGUCUCAGGAGUAUCAGAUGCUGCUGGACAUCAAGACCAGACUGGAGCUGGAGAUCGCAGAGUACAGGAGACUGCUGGAUGCUGAGGCCAGCAGCAGUGCCUCGAUUUCCUCCACCAAGAGCUCCACCACCAAAACUGCAAUCAUCACAGUGGUGGAAGAGGUGGUGGAUGGGAAGGUCGUCUCAACCUCCUCUACAUCUGUAACCAAGUAGUAAAGGAGAAACUGGAAAUGUUUUUAUUGAAGUAUAAUUCAACCAGCAUUUCUGUUUAAAAA